CAAGUCCAGCUAAAAAAAAAUUUAAAACCCUGUCAAUGCGUACGUACGGAAACGUUGCUUUUAAUUGCAUUUUAUUUCGGAGGAGCGUGACCGGAAACGACUAGUUAAUCCUCCCCGCGGGUGAAAAGGUAAACAAAGGGAGGGGCCUCCUCGUUAAUUGGGGGAUUUCACGCGUAACUCGAGAUGUCGCGCGCGUUACCGGGCGCGUUCGACGCACGGUGACUGACCGCAGCGGGCACGUUACGUCAGCGCGCAGCCACAGCAGGCAGUUAAACGGUGCGGCUGCGAGGCUCCGGCUGGAAAAGUUCCCCACUGCCCCGACAGCGAGCAGCAGCGUGUCUCGGGAUCCAGAACCAUGUCCUCGUGCGGCAACAGCGCGCGUGUCACCGAGGCCAGGCGAGUGGCUAUUUUCGGGGGCACGCACGGGAACGAGAUGUCAGGCGUGACGCUCGUGAACCUGUGGGUGAAGAACGCCGCCGAGAUCCAGAGGAAACGGGUCGAGACCAAGCCGUUCAUCACCAACCCGAAGGCCGUGGAGAAGUGCAGCAGAUACGUGGACACGGACCUGAACCGAGCCUUCACCCCGGAGAACCUCAGUGCCCCGGGAGGAGACGACCUGCCCUACGAGGUGCAGCAGGCCCAGGAGAUCAACAGGAUAUUCGGGCCCAAAGGGAGCCCGGAGGCCUACGACGUGGUCUUUGACCUCCACAACACCACGUCCAACAUGGGCUGCACUCUGAUCCUGGAGAGCUCCAAAGACCACUUCAACCUGCAGAUGAUGAACUACAUCAAGAAAGCCAUCGCUCCAGCCAGCUGCCUCGUUCUGCUCAACGAACAUCCCCUCUUGAAAUAUUCCACUUCGCGCUCGGUCGCCAAGCACCCCGUCGGUCUGGAAGUGGGUCCUCAGCCUCAGGGGGUUCUGAGGAGCAACAUCUUCGAGGCCAUGAGGGUGAUCCUGAAACACGCGCUGGACUUCAUCGAGCUGUUUAACGAAGGCAUGGAGUUCCCUCCCUGUAGCGUGGAAGUGUUCCGGGUCCUCGAGAGGAUUGACUACCCCAGAGAUGCCAAUGGAAACAUCAUCGCCAUGGUGCACCCCAAUCUGCAGGACUGUGACUGGGAGCCGCUGAACCCCGGUGACCCCAUGUUCCUGACAUUUGACGGGAAGACCAUUCGCUACCAAGGCUCGGGCACCGUCUACCCCACGUUCAUCAACGAGGCCGCCUAUUACGAAAAACAACAGGCGUUCGUCACCACCAGGCGAGAAGCCUUGGUGGCGAGCGCCAUCGGAAAAGUAUGAAAACAGGGGGCGGGCGAGUUCCAACGGAGAACCCGGAGCGCCGGCCGGCGGAGAUCUGUGUGUAGAUUCUGCACCUCGUUCUAUUCGCAUCUCACACGUAAUGACUAGAAACCAUCUUUUACACACCGGUUUAGCUUGCCAAGCAUUUACUAUCCGAGAAUUAACUAUGCAAAGAACAUGUGUGGAGGCACUGUGAAAGUCUUUUGAUCUGAAGAAGUAUAUUGCUGUGGUAAGUGUUUAUGAUACUGUUGUUAUUUAAAAUAUAUAUAUAUAUAUUUACAUUAAAUCAACUAAGUCCUUUUUUAAAAAAUAUAAUAUUAAAGGCCAGGCCUGAUCAUUAGUGACUUAUGAAUCUCUCUUUAAGUUUCCUACUGCUGCUCAGGAUCAUAACCGGAAACCUUUGACCCAAAACUGUAGUUGUUCGUCCUCUUAUAUAUAUUUGUAACGUCUUUGGGAGGGUGUUCGUGGCCUUUGAUACUACCUACCUGUAACUCCAGCGGUUGCAUCUGUGGUGCUGUCCUAUCGUUGCCUUAAUAGAGAUUUCAGACACACACAAAAACAAAGAAUUGCACAACAACUUUGGAGUGGAAUUUGCAGAUUAUACGUGUCGGAUAACAAGAUAAAAGUUUGAUAAGAAAUGGGGUAUGUUCUGUUCCCCUAAACAAUUGAGAUUCAGUUUGAAACGUGUUUUUAUAACAAUAUACCUGUGUCUAUUUUGAUAUACUUGUCCUGUAUGUUUGGUUCAAAGUGAAAUAUAGUACUUGAAUCGUGGAAAGCAUAUGUCCUUUUGACGUCUUUGUCAUCGCUGUGGUCUUAUUCGUGUUUCAACUAGCAAUAUGUGUUUGUGCCACCAAUUCAUAUGAUGAGUAACGUCCGCUGUCCUUAAGUGUGUAAGAUGACCCAAUCAAUAAAUGUAGUGCUAUGCUACACUGCUAUUUCAUUGUUUGUAGACGCACUCUCA